UGCUUUCGAGUACGAGUGCUCAUUAGAGCUGUGAUAUUUGGCUGCAAAGCGUCUUUAUUCAAGAUAAAAACAUACAGUUCUCUACCUACAUUUAAUCCAACUUCACGGAAAUAACAAAUCUUAUUAUCAUGUGGCUUACAUUUUGUACCGUAUUAAUUAUGCUACCAUUACUCGAAGCGCAAGUGAUUGCCCCGUAUCUGGUGUCGAUUCGGUCAAACGUUCCCGCCGUCAUUGGGUCCAUUACAGUGAACAGCAUUUCAAAACAAAUUUGCAACGGAGUAAUCAUCAGAGACAAGUUCAUUUUAACCACCGCCAGCUGCUUGUUUGUACAAGACACCCAAACCGGACAGAGCCGAUUCAUUACUUCCGGAGAGAUAUUUAUCCUUGCCGGAAAUAUCAGCUUGAAUGAAACCGACUACGGAGAUGAAGCGAGAGGCAGCCUUAGGCGUAAUGUGGUUUCCGUGAUACCCAACGGAAAGUUCGAUGCAUCGACAGGAGAAAAUGACAUCGCUUUACUCAAGCUUGACCGCUCGCUGCUGCCACUGGCCAACAAGAAUACGAGCUCGGUUCACUGGAUAGAGCUGGACCAACAGCCACGAUCGAACCCACAACCCGCCCUGGCAGCCGCAGCCACAUCGCAACAACACCAGACAACGACAACAACGGCGCCAACUAACAACAAAGUUAAUGAAAACUGUUUCAUAAACAUUUAUAACAACUCUGUCGGGGUGUCCGGUUAUCCUUACACCGUUGUCAAAAAUGUGAGCUUCCUCGAAAAAUGGCUAUGUGAUGCUCAGAGAGGAUCCCUAAGAGCAGGCCAAACGGUCGUAGGAAGAAAUGGAACGUGCAUCGAGUAUCGUUUCAGUAAUGCACAAGCUUGUUGGCUCGAUGCAAAUUCCCUGCGGCGCAGUGAAGAAAGGGGCUCCGCUCUGGUGUGCAACUUCAAAUUAGUGGCCAUAUUGACGGAAAUAAAUCCACCCUCGAAUCCACAAACUUGCACUUCGAUAAAACGCACCACAGCGUACUAUACCAUGGUUGCUCCAUACUAUGAUUGGAUUGUGAGCGAAAUUGGAUAUCUUUACAAUUCCACCACCUCUCCUGGCCAUCCAGGAGCCAUCGGAACCACGGGUAGUAAUCCGACGAUGAAUGUCCAGAGUGGACCAACACCGCCAAUAUCAUCCUGGGGAGCCCAGCAAAUUGGAACCCCUACGACCACAACGGCAGGCGCACCAGGAAAAACCAAAUCCGCAGCUACGCCAUCAAUCAGCCCCGGAAUUGUAUUCAAACUUAUUGCCUUUAAUUUAUUCAUUCCAUUUGCGUUCAUUUAUCGGUUCCAUCAUUGAUGACGACGACGGCGGCGACGGAGAGAUUUCGAAAGCUAUCGAAAUGGGGCUUUGUGGUUGAGCCUCUUCGCAUGGUAUACCGUUAUUUUGGGUAAAAUUGUACAUUUUUUGGCGGGUUUUCAGGUCUGGUUUCUAUAAUGUUGUCAAAGUCAAACAAGUGAAUACAGGAAAGGAAGUACGAAGGUGAACCUCAUGGGCCCAUGAAUUAAACAUUUAUGGAAAAAAUAAACAAUUAUAUAUCAAGAAUACGCUUUCAAUGCCAAAAUGUAGACAAUUUUCAAAAAAAUAUCCUAAUAAGUCAAUUCUCCCUAACUCGAUACUAAACGGAUAAUCGAGUUAAGAAAGUAUCAAAUUUGUAGAACAGAAAACUAGUACUAUAGUAAUCAUGCAAGGGACCAUGGAGGUAGUCAUGAAAACAAACUUUUUUUGACUGUAUCUCACAGAAAUCCAAUUAUUACAUGAAGCUGAUACAAAUAUUAAUUUUCCAAUAUGUCCAGGACCGCUUGUAGGGUAUAGGGGGGAGAGGAUAAAAAUAAAUAAAGAACGAAAAAAAUUGAAACGAAAACAAG